AUGAUGACCUUGCAAAACAAGAACAGGUCAUUUGCCAAACGCGACGUCGGCGUCGAAUUUCCUGGACUUGGUGACAUUAGCGGGCAGUCGCUGAUGUCGAUGAGGCGAUGGCAUCAAGCAGUUGACGCACUCAACCUCAUCGACAAAGCCAAGAAAUGGAUCGAUGAACUGGAUUUCUCGGUGGCUGUUCCACCUGCUUAUCGGGUGGAGAGAACUGAGGACAUGUCGUCAAAGCUGGACACCAUUCCAAGUUUCUCCGAAGAGAUUCAUAUUCUAGAUUUCGUUGCCAGAAAUCAGCUGAGUGACACCGCCUUGAUGGAAGCAAUGUCCAAACUAUUUGGUCCCCGACAAGACGUUAUCGUAGUUGACCCAUUAAUAUGGGGUGUCGUGAAGAGGGCCAAUCGCUGUGCCGACUGA